AUGCAGUUCACAUCUAUCCUCCUCCUUGCCAGCACAGCUCUCGCAGCUCCUUGGGCACCUCAGUCUUCCGCCCACCAGGCUAGAGCUGAUAGCAUUGAUGACAUGCUUCCUCCCAUUGUACCAAUCAACACACGAAGUGGUGACCGAGAUCUCAUCUCCAAGAUCAUCACCGCUCCUACACAAGCCGAACGAGUCAAGCUCUUGAACGAACCUGGCGAUUUCGUCUUUGACUUUAGAGCCGCCACUGGAGCUGGAGAGUCCAAGGGAAAGGGUGGUAGAUCCGUCUCUGCUACUUCGCUUACCAUGCCUGCUCUUAUUGGCAAUGGUGCUUCUAUGACUGUUGCUUUCCUCGGUCCAUGUGGAAUGAACACCGCCCACGUCCACAACAGAGCAACCGAGCUCAACAUCAUCGUCAAGGGCCGCCUCGUCACCAACUUUGUUGUCGAGAAUGGCGUCAAGCCCAUCGCCAACACCAUGGACACAUUCCAGAUGUCAGUUUUCCCCCAGGGUGCCAUUCACCAAGAGUUCAACCCUGAUUGUGAGGAUGCUGUCUUUGUCGCUGCUUUCGACAAUGUCGACCCUGGUGUCAGUCAAGUCGCACAAAACUUCUUCUCUCUCAAUGGAGAUGUCGUUCAAGCUACACUGGGCGGUGUCCAGACCAUCGAUGGCAAGGACAUUGAGUCUUUCCGUGAGCACAUCCCUGCCAACAUUGCUCUUGGUAUCGAUGUUUGCCUUAACAAGUGUGGUCUCAAGAGGAAAGCUAAGCGAGACUUGAGUGAGCUGAAGGGGGAUCCCCGGAUUUUCCAACAGCGGCUCUACGACGAGAAGCGCCGGAAGAAGGGCCCAGUACCCCUGCGAGAGGAGCAGAAUAGGCUGUUCUUCGACGGCUUCAUCAGGCCAAGCAUCGAGAAGAUUGGACCGCACUUUAUGCACCACUUGCCUGAAAGCUAUGACUCCGUCCGGGCAGCAUCGCACAUCGCCAGGGAGUCGUCGGGCUCGGCGGCUGUACGCGGGGCGGCCUUUGAGGUGCCAUAUAGCGAGGAGAACCUUCCCAGGUUGUGGAGCGUCAUGCAGGAGGCACUCGAUCGUGCGGAGCGCGACAUGGCGGCUGACGGGCUCCGACCCGGCGACGGCGGGGGAGUGCGGGAGACAGAAGAUGCCAGUAGGCUGUGGCAGUUUGGCGAUGCUAUCUUCCUCUGCAGCUACAAGGACACCAAGCUGUGGUAUCAAUCCUCCGGCAGUAGCAUAGCGGGGGUGCUGGGAGACUUCCGCGCCCGAUGUGGCGUCGUCAGUCUCGAGCAGGAGCCGGCAGCCAGUAUUCGCAGUGGCAGCCCUGCUUACGGUGACAACAGUACAGAACCGGCGGUGCAGGGGCAAACCCAGCUUGUAGACGUUGCAUCCGAGCUCCUGCCAACGAGAAGUGGGCAUACUUCUAGGGAGGCUCUGCUCGGAAGGACAGCCCUGCGGGUGGAGGACGAGGCUGAGAAUGACUGGGAUGAUAAUGCCGGUAGCGACUGGCAAGCUCCAAACAGAAGGGGGAGCGAGGAGGAGCAGGCUGCAGGAGACGGUUGGAAGCCUCCCCGGACCCCGCGCGCCGCCACAACGGAGUAUCCUGUACACAUGCUGCGAGACUCCAUCUCCACCACUUCAGAGCCCAGGAAAACCAGUCCUAUCUUUAGGCGCGGCGUCUCGUAUGUACAAUCCUACACCGUAGAGGAGGGGAACUUCAACGUGGCCGCCAUCUGGGCCUUCUUACACCCCAACAUCUUCAACCUCGCGCACAGCGAAGAGGCCUGGGCGGCAGUGGCCCGAACGGGUAACAUCAAGGCUAGCCGCCAGGACACGGAACGGGCACUAUCGCAGUCAAUCCAGCGCAUGGCUAGCAACCUUGAGGACCCGUCACGGGGGUACGGCUGGCGGGUUGAGCUGCGCAUCACGACAGCACUCGCGGCUCAGUUGCGGCCGGCAGAGAUCCAGUAUAAGCAUAUCCCGGCAUUCCUGUGCAAUAGAAAUCACAUCUCUGCUCUCAGCCAAAUAGGCCAAUGUCCAGUAGGUCUCCAAUCGUAUAAUAUCAUCUCUUUUCUCAUACGCGCCUCUCCGACUUUCGCAUAUGUCUGA